GCCCCCUCCCUGCCGGCUCCGGGAGGCGGGGACGCGGCGUCGGCGGCGGCUUCUCCAGUCGCGUCUUUCUCACUCACUGAGGAGCCCGGCGGUGGCGGCACCUUCGGAGGCAGAGCGGCGGAGCUGCGAGCCCGUCGGCCAGCCGGUUGGAGGUCGGCCGGGACUAAGGGCGGGUCCGACAGACGGACGGACAGCGGAGCAGCCGGACGGCCCGAGUCGCCUCAAGUUCCGCCAUGAGCUGGGGCACGGAGCUGUGGGAUCAGUUCGACAGCUUAGACAAGCAUACACAAUGGGGAAUUGACUUCUUGGAAAGAUACGCAAAAUUUGUUAAAGAGAGGAUAGAAAUUGAACAGAACUAUGCGAAACAAUUGAGAAAUCUGGUUAAGAAGUACUGUCCCAAACGUUCCUCCAAAGAUGAAGAACCAAGGUUUACCUCGUGUAUAGCCUUUUUUAACAUCCUUAACGAGUUAAAUGACUAUGCAGGACAGCGAGAAGUAGUAGCAGAAGAAAUGGCGCACAGAGUUUACGGUGAAUUAAUGAGAUAUGCUCAUGAUCUGAAAACUGAAAGAAAAAUGCAUCUUCAAGAGGGACGGAAAGCUCAACAAUACCUUGACAUGUGCUGGAAACAGAUGGAUAAUAGUAAAAAGAAAUUUGAAAGAGAAUGUAGAGAGGCAGAAAAGGCACAACAGAGUUACGAAAGAUUGGAUAAUGAUACUAAUGCAACCAAGGCAGAUGUUGAAAAGGCCAAACAGCAGUUGAAUCUGCGUACACAUAUGGCUGAUGAAAAUAAAAAUGAAUAUGCGGCACAGUUACAGAACUUUAAUGGAGAACAGCACAAACAUUUCUACGUAGUGAUUCCUCAGAUUUACAAGCAACUACAAGAAAUGGAUGAACGAAGGACUAUUAAACUCAGUGAGUGUUACAGAGGAUUUGCAGACUCAGAACGCAAAGUUAUUCCUAUCAUUUCAAAAUGUCUGGAAGGAAUGAUUCUCGCAGCAAAAUCAGUUGAUGAAAGAAGAGACUCUCAAAUGGUAGUAGACUCCUUCAAGUCUGGAUUUGAACCUCCAGGAGACUUUCCAUUUGAAGAUUACAGUCAGCAUAUUUAUAGAACCAUUUCUGAUGGGACUAUCAGUGCAUCCAAACAGGAAAGUGGGAAGAUGGAUGCCAAAACCACAGUAGGAAAGGCCAAGGGCAAGUUGUGGCUCUUUGGAAAGAAGCCAAAGGGCCCAGCACUAGAAGAUUUCAGUCAUCUCCCACCAGAACAGAGACGUAAAAAGCUGCAGCAGCGCAUCGAUGAACUUAACAGAGAACUACAAAAAGAAUCAGACCAAAAAGAAGCACUCAACAAAAUGAAAGAUGUGUAUGAGAAAAAUCCACAAAUGGGGGAUCCAGGGAGUUUGCAGCCUAAAUUAGCAGAAACCAUGAAUAACAUUGACCGCCUUCGAAUGGAAAUCCACAAGAAUGAGGCUUGGCUCUCUGAAGUUGAAGGCAAAACAGGUGGGAGAGGAGACAGAAGACAUAGCAGUGACAUAAAUCAUCUUGUAACACAGGGACGAGAAAGUCCUGAGGGAAGUUACACUGAUGAUGCAAACCAAGAAGUCCGUGGGCCACCCCAGCAACAUAGUCACCACAAUGAGUUUGAUGAUGAAUUUGAAGACGACGAUCCCUUGCCUGCUAUUGGACACUGCAAAGCUAUCUACCCUUUUGAUGGACAUAAUGAAGGUACCCUGGCAAUGAAAGAAGGUGAAGUUCUAUACAUUAUUGAGGAAGACAAAGGUGAUGGAUGGACAAGAGCUCGGAGACAGAACGGUGAAGAAGGCUACGUUCCUACAUCAUACAUAGAUGUAACUCUAGAGAAAAACAGUAAAGGUGCAGUAACUUACAUCUAAACUAAUCAGGCAGCUUUGUGACAAAUAUGACAUAGGAACAAUAACAUAAAAAUACUCAACGGGUGGGAAAACAUAAGAAAACUUAAAGGGCAUCCAAGAUACAUUGUUCACUAUGUGAGCUGAGUGUAGGCUCAAUCUUAAAGAUGUGAAUAUUACCACAAGAAACUGUUCUCGUGAUGUUUUACCAUUUGAGUGACGUCGAUGUGAAGCUUAAUUGAUGCCUUUUGCUUUAUGUCCUGCUUAAGUCUCUGUGAAAGAUUUGUGUUUUUCUGCCUUAUAAGUCAUAGAAUUUGAUGUGUUGGGCAGGAAUCCAUAUAUAAAAAGCCCUCCUCCCUAACACACACUUUGCUCCAAAAAACACAGUGACUGUAAGUGAAUUCAAAUAAGUAAAACUGCUCUGAAAGCUAACUCCCAAAAGAGUGGUUUGGCCUAGGAGUUUGGAUUUGUGUAACUACUUUUUCCUUUUUCUCUGUAUUCUUAGCUUUGGUUUCUUAAAGGAAGAAAGCAAACACCUCAAAUAUAAAUCUAUUCUAGUAGAGGCUAAUUAAGAGACCUGUAAAAUAAAUCAACCUAGUCUAGCUCUUAUGUGAAUAAAAUGGUUUUCUUUUGAGACCUGAAAAUAUUUUCAUCAGUAAACUAAUGAUUUUCAAUAACAUAAAAACUUCCUUCCAAAUUAACACUUGUAUUUUUUUUAUCUUGAAAAUGUCUUUUGGGAAGUACUACUUUUGUGAUUAUUUAGCAUUUAGCAAUUAUAAAUAGGAAAAUAGAUUCUAAGUAAACUGAGGAAAUCUUGAAAGUACUAGCAAAUUUUACUUUGAAAAGAAAGAACUUUUGACUGAGUUGGAGGACUAUAUCUGUACCAUCAUUUAGGGCAUUUCCUCAUUUUAGCUUAAUCAUCAAUUCAAGAUUAUUUUUUUCCAAUUAAUUUCAACAAGUAUUUGUUGGAAAUACUGUAUAAUUAAGGGUUGUGCAGUGCUGGUCAUGUGGGGAAGUAAAGUGAGGAAACGAGACUGGUCCUAAAUUUUGUUCACGUUCCAGAUUUUUCUGGUGUUUUCACAUAGCUGACUGUAAAAUGAUUUUAGAGACAUUUGGGACAGACACUUUAAACUGAGCACCCCUUUUGGUCUUACCAAAGGUCUUCAGUAAUUGUUCUUUUCUUUUUCCUCCUGGACUGCAGGUUCCUGAAGAGGGUUUCUGAGGAAAUGGGCAAGAUGUUGAAGGAGGUUACAUGCAGCUGCUUUUAGGGGGAGGGUAUUAGAGUUGUCAGGCUCAGAGAGUGAGAGAAGCAAGUUGCAUGAGUGCAUGCAGACAUAAUUUUUUUUUUUUUUUUACUAACUUCAUUAUCAUUUCCAUACAUUGUUUUAAAGAAUCAUUGUAAUACCAGUCCUCAUUCACAAUUAUUCAUAUAAAGGGAAAAAAGCCAAAAAUGGCUAACCAUUUUUCCAUUUAUUUUACUGAUGUCUAAAUCAGAAAGAAUGCAGAGCUGUCAUGAAAUUUGUCUUACAUUUGGCUGUCCCAACAGGACCAUCUAUCCCAGCUCUGUUUUAAUUGGCUUUUAGACCUGUUGUCUCUUAGAACCCUUGCCAUUUGUCAGUGUCUGCCUGCGCCACCUCUGUGCUUGCUUAACAUCCUGUUGCAUGUCUAGAGCGAUUGGGCUAGAUUUUUCAGGCAUGUCUUUAUAAUCCCUUGUUCUUGUCAAAGUCUUUGUUUUGUUUUACAUUUGUAGUGUGAGUCACUGUGUCAGACAUCUCCAGCACUAAUGUUUCCAUCCUAGUAUUCGUGUACGCUGCUAUAACUUCCCCACUACAAACAUUCCAGUUUUGGCAUUAUGAAGAUGUAGUUUGUGAACCUGAAGUAAUUAUGAUAAGAAAAAGAAAACAUCUCUGCUCUAGCCUACAGCCCAGUUGAAAGAACUCUGAAACGUGAUAUAUCUUCACCUCAGUCUGAGAAGAAUCUAUAGUCAGCACUGAAAUCCUGGCAUCAUAAACACGCAAGAUACUCACCACCUCAAGACAAAGGACUGUUGUCAGAAGUCAGCUGCUUCCAUUCAAAUGCUGCCUUAAACUAGAGUGCCUAAAUCUGUUGAUUGCCAACACUACCACUACAGUAUCCCACAAAGGGCUUUAGGUGUCAGCUCAGUGCGACCUCCUUUAACUCGGCAGCGCUGCUGCGGAUGCCGGUAUAGCCUUGGUAGGUGGCUUUUAGAGCUCUACCAUGUUUGAUGGUGCAUCUUCAAAUUUAUGCAUCAAGCUAAAGACAUGUCCAAGUCCAUUUUACUUUACUCAGUGUUUUUAUGAGAAGUUUUAUGGACCCCCCCCCAUUGUGUUUUAAUUUGGGGUGACCAUGUUCUUAUUUGAUUAUUACAAUGAUAGUCUGUUUUCAAGUGAUGCUUUUGUUUGAACCAGAUAAAAUUUAGUGAAACUUUGUAAUGAUCUUUGUGCACUUUUAAUUGUAAAAUGGAAAUUUCUGUAUGUUUAUACUUGUAAAUAUAAUUGUUGUUAGUGCUCCUGUUGCUCAUGUUGUCCUGCCUCGCAUUUGUGAUUCUGUUAAUGACGUGUAUCUUAACUAAUUUCUUAGUGAUGUUUCCUAGGGAGAUGGGCAUGGGUUGGGGGGAGGGUGAUAUUUGUACCACAGAAGCUUCAUUAAUUUUGUUCUUUACUGUUUUGAGGGAAGAAGGAACGUGAAAUGGUCUGUGUAUUAUUGAAUUUUAAGCAAUAUUUUAGAAGCUGUGUGACUGCUUUAAUAAUUUUUCCCCAGUGUUAUUUGAAUUGUACUACCAGUUAUACUAAAACUGAAUGACAAUUGUGUGAAAGUUAAUGCCUUCAUAAGAUCAAGUAUACCCCUGUUACACAGCUGACAUAUAGUGUAUUACCUUUGAGGCUAGUAAACUAUAAAGUUUAGACUUUGAAUCUCUUUACAGGGUUAUUUAUAUAAUGUGACAUUAUUCAGUACUGACAGACUACAUAAAGUAGUUUUAAAAUCUAGUGCUGUUUUUAUUUUAAAGGUUAGCAAUGAGCAGGAAAUGUGAUCUGACUGUUUGUCCUCUGUACAAAGCCUGAAGUGCUUGUGUUUUUUUGGCUGACAGCCACGGAGGGCAAAGUUUAAGGCUUUCUUGUAAGGACUAACUGUUCUUUUCAAGCUACUGUUUGUUUUUCUCAAAGCAGGAUUUGCUUCCGUAGGAGGCAAGGUCCUUCACGUGGAGUAGUGCAACCUGUACAUGGAUUAUUACAAUAGGACAGACAUUUGUACUUGCACAGUUUAAAUCAUUCUUAAAUCAUUCUUAAAUUUUGAACAUGUGAAUUGUCCAAAAGAAAUCUUUAAUUUUUCAGUAAUUUUUACUCUUUUUGUGCACAUGUUGAUUUAAUGGUAAAUGCUUUGUUUAAGAUAGUGUUCUCUGUUGAGAAUAUUUUCAUGGAAUAAAACAAUCUUUUCAUGGUCA